AUACUUUGGACCGUGACGUCAUCAUACACAGUAUAAUCGUCUGACGAUCUCGUUUUCGUGCCACAGACCACCAGGACAUUUGGAGAGAAAUAUUGAAGUAUCAGUGUCAUAACAACGUUUUGUUUAGUUUUACUUUACGUCAUGUGUACCAUUUGAAGAAUGAAAAGACAAAGUGUUGAAGCAGGUGCUGGUUCGUCACGUAAACCUAAACUGCCAAUGUUUGUUGAUAAAGAUAUGAAUGAUUGUGCCGAAACUAUGCUGGUCAUGGAAAAUGAGAUCCUUCUGCCAAUAAAAUGCAAUACUAAAUCACAACGAGAGGCACAGCGAGAUGAGAUAAUUGUUAAAACAUGUGCACUUCUGAACUCUGGAGGCGGUGUGCUGAGGAUAAAAAAUGUCGAGAAUAAGCAGAUAAAUAAGUUACCUAUAUUCUUUGACAGGUGGCUCAAAUCCAUUGACGAAGCUAUUAAGAAACUUAUUGACCCACAGAAUAUGAGUGAUUUUGUAUCCGUAGAAGGUGAUUGUUCCAGUGAAUAUGUUAAUUUUUUUGUCACUGCCGCAAAAGAGUGGAAAUCGAUUAAUCUUGACUGCUAUAGCGCCUCCAACUGUGAAGUCACCAAAAUGUCUAUAUCACAAGUAAAAACACUGCUCAGUGAAAGAAAGAAAAAAUGCUCUAUUAAAUGUCAUUUAGAGGAUCUUCCCAAGCUGCCACACCAAUUGACGAAAGAAGAGUAUAUGCCUGCAAACCUCUCUCGUGAAGAUACACAAGUGCAGUUUAAAAACAUAAAUAUAUCUAAAGAUACUAUACUCUCAGACAACCUUGGUAAAUAUAUUUCUGGUUUCGCCAAUACCAGAGGAGGUCAUAUAUUUUUCGGGGUUGAUGACGAAUGCAUAACCAAGGGAAUCGAUUUGAAGAACAUUAAUUCUAUAAAACUGAAACAAAAGGUCAAACGUGAACUUGAAAAAAUACAAUGGGGGUUCGUUCCGCAAGAGAACACACACUGGAAAAUUACAUUUAUACCAGUCACCAGUGAGUCUUCCGUAGAUAAUGACGAGGAGAAUGAGAAGAUGGGAAAUUGUCAUGAUGAUGGAAAUAUUGUCAUUGUUAUCUCUGUUGCUGGUAUCAAAUAUUCCGGAGGAGUAUACCGUAGAAUUCCUGAGAGCUAUUAUUUGGACGAAGAAACAAAGGUGGUAAAAAUGGAAGACUUUGAGGAGUGGGCUGCUAAAACAAAUACAGUCGGUGGAGACUCGUCGUUGGAUUAUCGGACGAAGCGGAUGGAGAAGUUGGAAACAUCUAGUGAUAUAUCACGACCGAUUUACUACUUAGAGGAUGAUCAAACCAUAGAGAAUGCAAGGAAGGAACUAUUUAGCGGAGAGAGUGUAACAGGUGGUGUUCUUCAUAGUCUGUCGUCCACUUACAAGAAAAAUAUAGAAGACAACAUACUAGAAGUGGUUCAAGGAACAUCCAUCUGUGUCAAGUCCUUUUAUUGCGAGUGCAUUAAAGACGCACAUGCAAUGAAAUUACUUGUGCCUAAUACACUAGUCUGCGAUAUUCUACUUUUCGUGGUUGGAAAGGGAAUUUUCCUUCUGACACUUUCAAGAGGAGCAAGUGAAGAAAUCUGCAAAUACAGUCGAGAAACUGCCAAGGAGCUCAAAUCUGCAUUAGUAAAGAUAGGGGGCUGUACAAAACAGUUUGCAAUCAAUCACAAUGUUGUUGAUAUCGAUUUAUUGAAUGCGCCUGUAGAACUUGUCAUUAAUAAUUUUUACCCGAAAGAGUAUCACAACAUCGACCAGGAUAAAGUGAAAUCUAUCACAUACUCACUGACUGCUGUAUUAUUAUCAUUCUCUUCAACACACCUCUCUAGUAAAGUGGGAUGUACUUAUCUAAAUGCGUUAACAGUGAAUCAGUUCCAUAUUUUCUGGAAGAAAUUGCAUGAUUUUUCAAGUAAGCAUCUAUGGAUCAAAGGGCCGCCUGGAACUGGAAAAACAUUGAUGGCUUUAGAAUUCAUGAAGAAGAAACACAAAGAAGAAAACCUUUCACCAGAACAGAUUUUGUACGUGAAUGAAUACAAAGGAGCAUUGCAAUUAGCCUUGAAAACAGGUGUCUGUAUAGCUAUAACAAGAGCCGCGUUCGUCAGGGGUGACUUUCCUGAAGUGAAACACAUCGUCAUGGAUGGGGUUCAGUUUUACCGACAUGAAGAUAGAUAUGAUAAGUGGUAUUGCAAAGCAAGAAGUAUGACAAAUAAGAGUGGUGGCUACUUCUGGUGUUUCAUUGAUUUGGCUCAGAAAAUUAGAAUUGAUUACCCAUAUAAUAUGAGUGGUAUCCCUGGCUUGCUCGAACCAUGCUACAGUCUUAGAAAAGUUGUAAGAAAUAGUAUUAACAUAUUCAACCACGCUAAACAAUAUCUAUGUGAAGUUUUGUAUUCAGAGGGGAUAGAAGUUGCACACAGCUUCGAUGGAUGCUCUCCAUGUGAAAUAGAGCAUUGCGAAUCUCUCCAACACCUCGGCUCGAUUCUUGACACUUUGAAAUCUGAGGGUUAUUUACCUCAAGACAUAGCCGUCUUAGUUAAUACAAAGAAAGACAUCAGUAAAGUCAAAUAUGAAAUUGAAGCUUUAGGAUAUAAUGUAAAGGAUGAAGAAAGUACCCAGUCAGACUGUAUAGUGUUAACUAGUAUCAGAAGUUACAGUGAUUUAGAAAGGCCAGUAAUUAUUGGAAUUCAUCCAAUGGCAGAUGGUCUGACUAAUCAUCUAGACGCACUCAUGUUGAUUUUAUGUACAAGGGCUCUGUGUAAACUAUUUAUUCUUUGGGAGAGACAAAGUUAUCCAGGACAUCCAUCACUAUUCGCAUGUAUGGAAAUAGUAUAG